AUGGCCACCAGCACGAACGCCGCAACAACCAGCGCGUCGGAGGCCGCCGCGGGUCCAGGAAGCGCAGGCACCGCGUCGAAUCCCGCCGGCGCCGCUUCGUCGACUGAUGGUGGCGCCGCAGGGGACAGUGGCUCAGCUUCGACCACCGCGGAGGUCCCGUUCGACGCCUUGGAAACCGUGAGCCUCGAGCGGGACGGCUUGUCCGACAUGUUGCGUCAGAGCGAGGCCCACGUCCAAGUGCUGCUCGCUAAAAACGAGUACUUGGAACGCCAAGUCGAAGUCGCCGUCCGGUCUUCCGUACGACGGGACCUCGAGAUCAUGCGCCGUCGAGCCGACUUGGAACAAGAGGAGGCGGCCCACCGAGCCCGAGUCUUGCGCCACGCAGCCGAGAACCGAGUGCAGGCGACCGCCGCGGCCGCUGCCAACCCGAGCCAAACCCCUGAGCAGACCCGCGAUCCGGUGACUGGCCACUUGUACUCGCCGGCGUACUCAAAGUGGAGAUGGCGGAGGCUUCCUUGA